GCAGCCGCGAGGAGCGUGCGGAGCCGGCAUGGCUGGGCUGCCCGACGCCCCGGAGCAGGAGCGUCCAGAGCAGGGCGCGCCAGACCGGCUGCGCGCAGGCUUCGUGCUGGGGCUGGACGUGGGCAGCUCGGUGAUCCGCUGUCACGUCUACGACCGGGAGGCGCGGAUCCGCGGCUCCAGCGCGCAGAAGGUAGAAAGUCUUUACCCUCAAACUGGCUGGGUUGAAAUUGAUCCUGAUGUUCUCUGGGUUCAAUUUGUUGCUGUAAUAAAAGAAGCUGUCAAAGCUGCAAGAAUAGAGAUGAAUCAAAUUGUUGGCCUUGGCAUUUCAACACAGAGAGCAACAUUUAUUACAUGGAACAAGAAAACGGGAAAUCAUUUUCACAACUUCAUAAGUUGGCAAGACCUAAGAGCUGCUGACCUCGUAAAAUCGUGGAAUAGUUCUCUUAUAAUUAAGCUAAUACACGGUUCCUGCCAACUGCUUCAUUUUUUCACUAGAAGUAAACGGCUCUUAGGUGCUAGUUUGUUCUCUUUCACAACACAGCAUGUUUCGUUGAGGUUGGCCUGGGUUUUACAGAACCUGAUGGAGGUACAAAAGGCAGUUGAAGAAGAAAAUUGCUGCUUUGGGACUGUUGAUACCUGGCUGUUACAUAAGCUCACAAAAGGUUCUGAAUAUGCCACAGAUUUUUCAAAUGCCAGUACAACUGGACUUUUUGAUCCAUAUGAGAUGUGUUGGAGCGGGCUCAUUACCUCCCUGCUUUCAAUCCCACUCUCUCUCCUGCCUCCUGUGAGGGACACCAGCCACAAUUUUGGAAUGGUGGAUGAAGAGAUAUUUGGUGUGCCUAUACCAAUCACAGCCUUGGUAGGCGACCAGCAGUCAGCCAUGUUUGGAGAGUGUUGCUUCCAUACAGGAGAUGUGAAAUUAACCAUGGGAACCGGGACAUUUUUGGAUAUUAAUACUGGAAACCACCCUCAACAGACUGUUGGAGGUUUUUAUCCAUUGAUUGGGUGGAAGAUUGGACAAGAAGUUGUCUGCUUAGCUGAAGGCAAUGCAGGAGACACUGGUACUGCUAUAAAAUGGGCUCAACAGUUAAAUCUUUUCACAGAUGCUGCGGAGACUGAAAAAAUGGCCAAAUGUUUAGAAGAUUCUGAAGGAGUUUAUUUUGUUCCAUCUUUUAGUGGACUGCAGGCUCCGUUGAAUGACCCCUGUGCGUGUGCCUCGUUCAUGGGUUUAAAGCCUUCCACCAGUAAAUACCAUCUCGUACGAGCAAUAUUGGAGUCAAUAGCUUUCAGAAAUAAACAGUUAUACGAGGUGAUGCAGAAAGAGAUCCAUAUUCCUGUAACAAAAAUCCGGGCAGAUGGAGGAGUCUGUAAGAACAGUUUUGUCAUGCAGAUGACCUCAGACCUGAUUAAUCAGAAUAUAGACAGAUCCGUUCACGUUGACAUGUCCUGCCGAGGUGCGGCUUCUCUAGCUGGCCUUGCUGUUGGGUUUUGGACUGACAAGGAGGAACUAAAGAAACUGAGGCAAAGUGAAACGGUUUUCAAGCCACAGAAGAAAUGGCAAGAAUAUGAAAUGAGUAUGGAAAACUGGGUCAAAGCAGUGAGACGCUCCAUGAAUUGGUAUACAGAGAUAUAGCCCUAAAUAAAAUGGCGGGACCUAGAGAUGGCAUGCUUACGGGAUGUGCUGAUGAGACAAAGCUCAGGGAUACGCAAUUGUACAAUGACUGAGUAGAGAAGAUUUAAGAUGAGCUUCACUACCUGAGAGAAAAAGCACUGCUUUUUGGAAAAGCCAAUAAACAAGCAGAAAAAAGGCAUAUUUUUAAAAUCCAAACCUUAGUAAGACUGAUACAGCAGCAGUGCCUCAAAACUUCUGUGUCUUCUGUUUUGUAGCAAAUUCCAAAGUACGUCAACCAUUUCUUACCAUAUUUGGGCAGUUAUGGAGCCUCCUCCUUUUUAUACUUAGGUCGACAGUGCAUGUGAGCACAGUUGUUCAGUAUCUGAGCUAAUAGUUCCGAAUCAAGCACCAUUCACAUUUUGUUCCAAAAUUAUGUGGAAAGUAUUUCCUUUAAUUUUCUAAAAUUAAGUGGGCUAUUGGAAGUCCACAUAACUAAAAACAAAGAAUAACGGAGGAAAUGUAGAAUUUGAAACAUCAAUGUUUUAUGUUUAAAGCCAUAACUGUUCAAUAUCCAAUUAGGAGCUCAGUAGAUCCCUCUCAGAGAAGCUUGCUUGCUAGUCAGUACUUUCCUUUACUGACCUUAAAGACACUGCCUUAAUUUUGCCUUGUUCAAGGAAAAUGAGCAUUGUUUAUGUAUUGAAAACACUGAAAAAAUAUUUUUAUUUAAUUAAUGAAUUGAAAAAGGGUUUUGAUUCUUAAGGAACAAAAAUACUGUUUGUUUUCCUUUGCAAAUAGUAUUUCUUUCAAAAACUUCUGGCUUAAAACAUAACAUUCCCCCCCCCCUUUUUUUUUUUUUACAAAAUGCAGGUGGUUAACAUAAAUUUUGUCCUUCUUUUCUUUAUCUUUCAUAGUUGUUGAGAUACUUAAGUGUCAUUUAUUUUGAUUAAGGUUCUAAUUGACAGAGUUUAAUUUGAAGAAAGUGCCCUAAUUUAUUGAUGACUUAAGAUUUGCCUUCAUUGCGGUAUUUUACUUGUCCUUGUAUCUUUUUGAUGUUUGCCCAGUCUCCUCACCUCUCUGAGAUAAGUGCAAUGGGUGGUUGACACAUAUCUCAGGGACGGAAGUGUAUUUAUGCUAAUGAUGCCCUCUGACCACUGAGCCAGAGAUCCACAGAGGGGAGCCCAGGCCAUGCCACUUUCUCCAGCUCUGAUGGCAUGUGGAGGGGUACCAUUUGUGAGUUGCUUCAGGCUGGGUGUAAAAUUGACCACCUUUCAAUGGGUUCUCCUGUUAUUUGCCCCUCCAUAUAUUUGGAGUAGGUUCCAGUUGGAUUUGCAGCAAUAGUGAAUUUAUUUCCCUCUUAGUCAAGCUCAAUCACACUAAGUCCAGUUUAUGGAAUCAGCUGGUAAAUUACAAUGUAGCUAAAGAGUGACUUUUACAAGGAAUUUCGUUGUUGGCUGUUACGUAUAUCCAUUUCAGAGACAGUUAGAACUAGAGGACAAAUUCCAUUUUUGCAAAUUCCAUCUCAGUGAACUUCAAGUGUCUUCUUAAAUUAUUAAUUGUUUUGAUGGGGGUAUUUAGCAAAUACGUAAUUGAGACUUGGAAACAUUCUUGCUGAGUUAGGGGUGUUUUUGUUUACUUGUUAAAUCAGAUCCCAUCAUCAUCAUAUAGUUUCUUCAUUCUUUGUUUUUUACAUUUUUUUUUUUUAAUUGUGCUUUAGGACCAGACCGAAUGGUCUGACUGAGACUAGAAGGACCCUGGAGGUCAUGGUCCCGAGACCUUAUGUUAGCCCAAGCCACAAACCAUUCCCAAAGCCAACUCUUCAGACAGGGAUUGGACUGGACUACGGGAUAGAAAAUGAUACUGGUGAAGAGUGAGCUUCUUGGGUCAAGUGGACACGUGAGACUAUGUGGGUAGCUCCUGUCUGGAGAAGAGAUGAGAGGGCAGAGCGGGGCAGAAGCUGGCUGAAUGGACACGAAAAUAGAGAGUGGAGGGAAGCAGUGUGGUGUCUCAUUAGAGGGAGAGCAACUAGGAGUAUAUAGCAAGGUGUAUAUAAGUUUUUGUAGGAGAGACUGACUUGGUUUGUAAACUUUCACUUAAAGCACACUAAAAUUUUUUUUUUUAAUUGUGCUUUAGGUGAAAGUUUACAAAGCAAAUUAGUUUCUCAUUAAACAGUUAAUACACAAAUUGUUUUGUGACAUUGAUUGCUAGCCCCAUGAUGUGUCAACACUCUUCACUUCUCCAUCCCAGUUUCCCUUUGUCCAGUUUUUCUGUCCCUUCCUGCCUUCUCUUCUUUGCUUUUGGGCUGUUGUGCCCAUUAGUCUUAUACACAUGAUUGAACUAUGAAGCACGUUCCUCACGUGUGUUAUUGGUGGCCCUACAUACCUGUCUAAUCUUUGGCUGAAGGGUGAACCUCAGGAGUGACUUCAGUACUGAGAUAAAAGGGUAUCAGGGGGCAUACUCUUGGGGUUUCUCUAGUCUUUGUCAGACCAGCAACCCUGGUCUUUGUGUGUGUGUGUAUGUGUGUGAAUUUGAAUUUCAUUCUACGUUUUUCUCCUGCUUUGUCUACGACCCUCUAUUGUAAUCCUUGCCAGAGCAGUCGGUGGUGGUAACCAGGCAUCAUCUAGUUGUUCUGGGCUCAGUCUGGUGAAGGUUGUGGUAGUGGUGGUCCAUUAGUCGUUUGUACUGAUUUGUCCCUUGUGUCUUUGGUUUUCUUCAUUCUCCCUUGCUUCAGCCGGGAUUCUUUUUACAUUAUUUUUACAAAGCUUAAUUAGUGACCAACUAAGGGCUUUCCUGUCAAAGCCCUGUGAAAGAUGCUCUGUUGCUAUUCCUUAUAGGCUGUAUCUCAGUGGGUGUGAUUUCAUAGGAUAUAAUUGUGUGUAUGUGUGUGUGUAUACACUAAAUUAUAAUAUUAUUAAUAUCUAAAAGUGUGUUAACUCACUUCUUUUUCUACAUUCUUCUUUCUCAGCAUAUAACCACCACAAAAUAAAGGAUAAAUCUAAACACUUUUAGAUGCUAUGGGGAGAUAACUUUGUUUAAAUAUCUCAUUGGAAUUAAGCAUCUCCUAAAAACACAGUGGCUAAUUUUUUCUUCCUGUGUAAGUCUAGAAGAUACUCUUUUAUUUUAAUAUUUCUGCCAGUCUUAGUGUCAGAAUUUAGUAAAUCUUUUGUCAGAUUUGGCCAAAAGCAGAAAUGUGGCCACAUUUACUUUUGUGGCUGUGGAAGUAGUUGAUAAUCAAAAUCAACUGAGUAAAAGAAAAUUGCCCUUUCCAUCUUUCAAGUUUAUUUUUCAUUUUUAUGCUAACAUUUGUAAGUCUUUUUUUUUUUUUCUGUACUACUCGUUGCCAUUGGGCCGAUUCUGACUCAUAUUUCUCAGUACACUUUAUUUUCCCUUUAAGGAUCCAUCAGAUAUUUGUCCGAGAGUCCCACCUAGCUCAUCAAGGGGGAAAAUGUUCCUUUACAAUUCAUCUUAAAAUGGUACUAAUUGCUUUCAUAUUGUAGACUUACUGAUUUUUAAAUCUUUUAUAUCCAGCUGUGAUACAGUUUCUCAACUAUUAACAUUCUAGACCAAAAAAUUCUUUGUUGUGUGUGGGGUUGGGGGCUGUGCUGUACAUUGUAGGAAGUUUAGCAGCAUCCCUGACCUCUACCCAUUUGCUGCCAGUAUCUUCCUUCCAGUUGUGACAACCAAAAAUGUACCUCACGCACUGCCAGGUGCUCCCUGGGAGGCAGGACUGCUCUCAGUAGAGAGCCACUUAUAUUAGAAGGUAUUGGAAGAAAUCAUUGCACGUAGCAUGUCUAUCAUGUCUCUUUUCUCUGUGCUGCAUUUUGUUAGGAAACUGUUGUUAGCCAGAAGAGAGAGUCCUACAUUAAAAUAGAAUUUCUAUUUUUCAGUCUAAUGGAGCAAAAAAAAUACCUCAUGUUGUAAUUGUCUUCUGAAUUUUUUGUCCACUCACCCCACCCUGUGUGCCUACCCCGUUUCCUCACCCGCCCCAUCCACCCACCUCCACCACCCCCAUGGACUUAGCAGAGCACGAGUUCAGGAUAGGAUUAAUGUAUUACGCAGAGUUGGCAAAGGGUCAUCUUUGAUUUGAUCUGCUUUUUUGUUUUCUUUUCGUCUCUGAAUAAACUAGAUGAUUACUCUCUGUACCUGCCUUAUGUGCAAGCCUCCGCCAGGCUGCAAGUGCCUUGAAAGCAGGAACCGUGUCUACUUCCACAGAACUUAAUACUGUGCCUUCAUAUUUGUAGAAUGAGGUUUUCUUUUUUUAUGUUUUAGGUGCACUUUUUUUGUAUAUGCAUUUUAUCCUUGGGGUUACAUAGGUUGAUAGGGAGUAGUUUAUACUUAUUGCAAGUAAAUAAGUAAAAUAAGUUUCUGUUGGAUUAAGAAAGACUGCUGUGUUAAGGGAGCCCUGGUGGUGCAGUGGUUAAGAGCUCGGCUGCUAACCAAGAGGUUGGCAGUUCAAAUCUACCAGCCACUCCUUGGAAACCCAGUGGGGCAGUUCUACUCUGUCCUGUAGGGUCUCUAUGAGUCGGAAUCAACUCGACAGCAGUGGGUUUGGUUUUUGGUUUAUGGUAUUAUGACAGGAACCCUUGUAACGCAGUGGUUAAGUACUCAGCAGCUAACCAAAAGAUCAGCAAUUCAAACCCAUCAGCCACUCCACAGGAAAAAAGGCCUGGCGAUCUGCUCCCAUAAAGAUUAUAGCCUAGGAAACCCUAUGGGGCAGUUUUACUUUGUCAUAUAGGGUUGUUGUAAGUGAGAAUUGACUCAACAGCAACAAACAACAGCAACUAUAUUCUUUAAAUGUUUCUGUUUGCAAAUGUGUAGAGAUACACAUGCAUUCAUACACAUAGCUAUAUUAACUUUUCAAGUUAUAAUUGAAGCCAUUCUGUUUACAGGUUUUAUGUAUUUGGCUGCAGGUAGCUGACAGAGAUUGAACCAUAAAAGUGCCAAAUACACAGGUGCUAUAGGGUCUCAGUGAGUCAGAAUUGACUUGACGGCAAUGGGUUUGAUUUUUUGGGGGAAAAAAACUUCAGAAAUAACCCCUUCUGCAAGGGAUUUACCUGGGGCCCAGCCUUUGAUUAGAAGUAGUCUAGCCCAAGAGCCUGGCAAAAAUUCUAGAAUUCUUUGAGGGGAGACGGUAGCUAUACCCUGGGGUUUUUGGACUUUAAGUGAUUCUAGAGUCAUCCCAGAUAACCUAAAACCCAAAAAACUCAUUGCCAUAAAGUCAAUUCCGACUCAUAGCAACCCCAUAAGGCAACCCUAAAAGAUUCUGAUUCCCUUUGGGAAAUUUAGAUCAUGUUUCUCAAUAAGAAUUAAAAGCCCAAAACAUACCCCGGGUCUUUAAGACCUACCUGGUCCCAGAAUCACCUUCUUGUAUACCCAAAGCCAGUCAUAUAGCUCAAACUAGACAAAAGGGGUAGCCCCCAAAAGUCAAACAGGUGACCCUGAAUCAAUUGAUUUUUUAGUUUUGGAGCCUCAUAGCCUCAUAAAUAUUUUGGCACCAGCAUCUAUUCCAAGCUUAGCACUGGCUGUAUUGUCACUGUGUUCCCAUGGGACCACUGUCACUAGAGGAAUGCAGUUACAAUCUUGGGAGCCGGGUAGAUAGAGGCAGGCACCUGCAGAGUCAGAUAUUUCUGAAAUUCUCUGCUAUCAGUAGAGGCUUGCAUGUUGCCAUGAUGCUGGACAGGUUUCAGUGGAGCUUCCAGACUAAGACAGACUAGGGAGAAAGGCCUGACGAUCUACUUCCAAAAAUCAGCGGGUGAAAACCCUAUGGUUCCGUUAGGUGUGGGAUUGCCAUGAGCUGGGGACUGACUUGAUGACAGCUAACAACAGCAACAAUGAAGCGGCUAUGUGUAGACAGGUAUCUAUAUUAUUUAGAAAAGAAAUGAUGUAAGGGUUCCACUUUAAAUGAGCCAACUCUUUAUAAGAAACUGUCAGACCGUUCCCAGAGUAGCUGUACUGUUUUACAUUCCCACCAGCAAUAUGUGCGUGAUCCCGUUUCACUGCAUCUUCACCAGCAUUUGGUGUUGUUACUAUUUUUUAUUUUAGCUAUUCUGAUAGAUGUGUAGUGAUAUCUCUUUUGUGGUUUUAAUUUGCAUUUCCCUUUUUAAUGGCUAAUGGUGUUGUUGAUCUGCUUUCAUGUGCUUAUUUUCCAUCCCUGUAUCCUCUUCAGUGAAAUGUCUGUUCAUAUAUUUCGUCCAUUUGUUAGUUAGAUUGUUUGUUAAAUGAGCCAUAUCUUUAAAUGAAUAUCUUUUUUUUUUAAUCAGCCCAGUGACUUAAGAAGUCAUUAAGUAGGAUUUUCAAAUCUUUCUAAUGUAUAAAGCAUUUUGAACAUGAUUUUAUAAUGUACUGAGCCGAAGAAGUCUUCACAGUUCAUCUGUUCUCAUUAUAUAAUGUGGUACUAAUACUGUGUAAUGGCAAAAUUUUCAAAGACUCCUCUGCUUUAGAAUGUUUAAAUAGAGUAUAAAGAUAUAUAUUUUAUAUACACUGAUAAUGUUUCUAAACUUUUUAUUUAAAAUAAGCUGAUUUGUGUAUAUGUUUCAGAAUGGUUUUGUGGAAAAUUAAUUAGAAAUUUUCAUAUUUGUGCAAAAUGGUAAAUACUAGAUCCCAAUUCAUGUACAUCAGUAAAUUCAUAGUCUUAUUUCUCCUAUUGCCUUAUAUCUACAAAUUUCACAGUUUUAUUAAAUAGUCAUUGAGAACCUCA